AGGGGAGUUGCGUUUGAACUGCCUGCAAGUUUUUUUUUCACAUAUUUUUUCCAGCGGCUUCCUCUUUGGGAUAUCUAGUGUGAACUUCGUUUUUUUUUAUUACUUCAUGGCGCAAAUCGGAAGGCUGAAAGGACGAACAGGUCUUCGUUUGGACCUGAAUAUGAAGCCGUUAUCGUCUUCAACAAAAGAAUCGCCCAAUGCCGUUUCACUUAAACCCUCGUCAUCUACAGGCACCAACUGGCGUGAAGAUUUGCAACGCAUCGUCAGCAAAAACCGCUCACUAAGUUUUUUACCGCAAGAAGAACCUACCCCCGUCCCUACCAAUGAUUAUGUCGAUCUGAAAGCAGACGAUUUCGAAAAUAUUCAGAAGCUUGGUGAAGGAGCGGCAGGCACCGUGUGGAAAGUACGUUAUAAACCCACCGGUUUGGUCAUGGCCAAAAAGACCAUUACCGUGGAUCCUGAUCCUCAGUUACAACGUCAAAUACUAAGAGAACUGUCAUUCUUAAAAGAUUGCGGUUCUCCUCAUAUUGUGGCGUUCCAUGGUGCAUUUUUGGACGACGGAGAAACGACAAUUGCAAUCUGUAUGGAAUAUUGCGAAGGUGGUAGUUUGGAAGACAUCUACAAACGAGCUCGUGAUAUGCAAGGUGUUAUUGGCGAAACAGUGUUGGCGAAAAUUGCUGAAGCGGUCUGUAAAGGUCUCACGUACUUGCACUCACAAAAGGUUAUUCAUCGAGAUAUCAAGCCAUCCAAUAUCUUAAUGACUCGAUCUGGCGAAAUCAAGCUGUGUGAUUUAGGUGUUUCAGGUGAACUGAUCAAUUCGCUAGCACAGACAUUCACCGGUACGCAAUAUUACAUGGCGCCUGAACGUAUCAAGGGUGGCACCUAUUCCGUCCGUUCCGAUAUAUGGUCGCUCGGCCUAACUAUUAUUGAAGUAGCGCAAAAUCGACCUGCGUUGCCUCCCCCCGGCCAACCCAAUCUUUCCAUCUUUGAAUUACUCGAUUAUAUUGUGCAUCAGCCCAUGCCCAGUGUAGGCGAAGAUCGGUCAGAAGCAUGCAGAGACUUUGUUGCAAAAUGUCUGAUAAAGGACCCAUCCGAACGUCCUGGCCCGGAAAUGAUGUUGGAGCACAAGUUUAUCAAAGAAUGGGCCGAUCCAUCCAAAAAUUUGGCCCCUUGGUUAAAGGAAGUUUGGGACUGGCCGUAAAUGCUGCUACUUCCCAUUGUUUUGUUAUACCCUUGAAUUGCAGUUCUAUUUCCCCCUAUCAAACUGUUUGUAUCUGUUAGAUUUCCAUGAUAUCAUUUGUCCGUGAUAAAUACCUGUCCAGUGCGACCUUUCUGUUUUCUAUCAAAGCCAUUGCCUUUUUUUACUUGGAAAAUCAACGAUGCUUCAUCUGUGAGGAGUGUUAUAUUCAAGGAUUGUCUAUGCCAAUCUCCACGGAUUAACUAUAACAAUGCUUUGAUU